CACCGGCGGAGACCGUGGCGCGCGACGCCAGGGAGGUCUGCCGCCGCCGCGCCCAUGGCCGAUCGCAAGCGCAGCGUCGUGGAGACCUUCUCCAGGCUCCGGGAGCAGGGCAAGACCGCGUUCAUCCCAUUCAUCACCGCCGGUGACCCUGAUUUGGCAACCACAGCGAAAGCGUUGAAGAUCCUAGAUGCCUGCGGCUCGGAUGUGAUUGAGCUUGGUGUACCUUACUCCGAUCCAUUGGCUGAUGGUCCGGUUAUUCAGGCUGCAGCAUACCGUGCGCUGAAGGGAGGCACUACACUCAGUUCUGUCUUAGCGAUGCUCAAGGAGGUUAUACCGGAACUGUCUUGUCCUAUUGUUCUCUUCACAUACUGCAACCCAAUUCUCAAGCUUGGAGUGCGGAACUUCAUGAAUAAUAUUAAACAAGCUGGUGUAAAUGGUCUUGUCGUACCUGAUCUUCCUUUGGAGGAGACAACAUUACUAAGGAGUGAGGCCACUAUGCACAGCAUAGAGCUGGUGCUACUUACAACACCGACCACACCAACCGAGAGGAUGAAGGAAAUCACAAAAGUUUCGGAAGGAUUUGUUUAUCUUGUGAGCGCUGUGGGAGUUACAGGUGCACGCUCAAAUGUAAACUUACGUGUUGAGCAUCUUCUUCAGGAGAUCAAGCAGGUUACAGACAAACCCGUGGCUGUCGGCUUUGGCAUAUCAACUCCAGAGCAAGCGAAGCAGAUCGCGGGCUGGGGAGCGGAUGGUGUGAUCAUUGGCAGUGCAAUUGUUAGACAGUUGGGUGAAGCCACUUCUCCUGAAGAAGGCCUAAAAAGAAUAGAAGAGUACACCAAGAGCAUCAAGGCUGCUAUUCCAUGAGACUAGCAGUUCCAUCAUGAACCAGCCAAUUAGAUUGUAAGCAGAUCAUUUAUCUUGUGGUAGUCUGGUCGAAGGGCUUGGAGUCUGUAGUUCAUCUAUCAUAUUUGAUUCUAGUGCUUGAAAUAAUAUAUAUCUUUAUGUGUUGGAAUCACAAAAUGAUUAACAGGGAAAUUCAGAAAUGGUUCAGAGCUUAA